AUGUCGAAGGACUCGCUCACUCCCCUCCACGAACAGCUCUUUGAGGAUGGACUACAAGUCCGUCGAGCAGUGGUCGGCGAUGCCUAUGUGGAUAGGGCCCUUGCCAACGGCUCCUCCGAUUUCGCGCGGCCAGGCCAGGAACUAGUAACUGAAUGGUGUUGGGGCCAUAUAUGGACACGUCCUGGUUUGGACAGGAAACAGCGCAGUCUGCUGAAUCUGGGCAUGCUUAUUGCGUUAAAGUUGUGGCCUGAAUUGGCAGUCCACACGCGAGGGGCGAUUAAGAACGGCUUGACGGAGAAGGAGAUAUCAGAGGCUGUUCUGCAAGCGACUGUCUACUGUGGUGUACCUGCCGGCGUGGAGGCGAUGAAGGUGACCGAGAGGACUAUAAAAGAGAUGAUUGAGAAUGGGGAAUAUAGACGGCCUUAA